GGCCGGAGAAGUCUACUUCAAGACAUUUCCGACUAUCGCAAUCUUCAGAAAAUCAACAUUGGUACGUAAACACUCGAGACAGACCUAAACGGACAGCAGCUAUACGUCUUGUAUUCUGAACGGACAUUUCGAUUUUUCUUUACUAUCAGAGGAAUUUUUAUUUGCCUUGCAUAAUGAAGUUUGUCAGAUUCCUGAUGAAGAACGCUGCUUUGGCAAACGUGCCAAAGCAUAUUGACCAUUUCUCCAAAUUCUCACCAUCACCGUUGUCUAUGAAGCAAUUCUUGGAUUUCGGUUCUACAAAUGCCUGCGAGAAGACAUCCUUUGCCUUCCUCAGACAAGAACUCCCCGUCCGGUUGUCCAACAUCAUGAAAGAGCUCAACCUCUUACCGGACCGGUUGUUGACCACACCAUCGGUGCAGCUGGUGCAACGCUGGUACAUCCAAAGCCUUAUGGAGAUCUUGGACUUCCUUGACAAGAGCCCAGACGACCACAGUGUCUUGCAAUCGUUUGUUGAGUCCCUGGAGACCAUUAGGAACAGGCACAAUGAUGUGGUGCCCACUAUGGCGCAGGGUGUCAUUGAGUACAAAGACACCUUUGGCCAGGACCCGGUCACUAGCCUGAACAUCCAGUACUUCCUGGACCGAUUCUACAUGAGCCGUAUCUCCAUCCGCAUGCUCAUCAACCAGCACACGCUUGUUUUCGACGGGAACACCAACCCAGCCCACCCCAACACCAUCGGGUGCAUUGACUCCCUGUGUGAUGUCACUGAAGUGAUUCGAGAUGCGUUUGAGAGUGCCAAGAUGCUCUGUGAGCAGUACUACCUCGGGGCCCCUGAGCUGGAGCUAAGGGAGAUGAACUCCAACAAUGUCAGAGAUCCAAUCCAGAUCACUUAUAUCCCCUCCCAUCUCUACCAUAUGCUGUUUGAGCUCUUCAAGAAUGCCAUGAGAGCUACAAUUGAGACCCAUGAAGUCAGCCACAACCUCCCACCCAUCAGAGUCAUGGUGGCCCUUGGCGGAGAGGACCUGUCAAUCAAGGUGAUGGAUAGGGGUGGUGGUGUCCCCUUAAGAAAGAUUGAGACACUCUUCAGCUACAUGUACUCCACAGCUCCCAGACCCGACUUCGGUGACAAUCACCGUGCCCCACUGGCUGGUUUUGGCUAUGGGCUUCCCAUUUCGCGCCUCUACGCGCGUUACUUCCAGGGAGACCUGCAGUUAUACUCGAUGGAGGGUCAUGGUACUGAUGCUGUCAUUCACAUGAAGGCAUUGUCCACAGAUUCAGUGGAGAGGCUUCCUGUGUUCAACAAGACAGCUCUGAAACACUACAAAGUUAACCUGGAGGCAGAUGACUGGUGUGUUCCCAGUAAGGAACCACUGGACCUGGCCUUACACAGAGUCGCCAAGUGAACUUUGACCUUUCAAUUACCUUAAGCCCUAAGGAGAGAGAAAAAGGGCCAAAUCUCAAUGGGACCUAAUGUUGACGUGGUGGUGGGGGAAAGACGUCGUGAACCAAUCCUGGAGGAAGUCUAUAAGGGAAGAAGCCUCUGAUUGCACAGCUUUAAAGCCCCUGGUGGUGUCCUGUUUCAGGAAGUGGGAAACCCACUCACUUCCUGUCCUGACUAAAGUUGUGUUCCUAGGAAGGGGGGUUCAGGGACAGGGGAUUGAACCAGUGCCUUAGAAAGGCCAUCUUCCAAAGUGCAAGUGAUUGUAGAUCUCAAACUACCCUGCUCCCCAAAUUGCUAUACAGUCUGAUCAGUCUGUUCCAUCCCACACCAAGGCACUUAGCGGGAGCCUCCUGCCCCACUUAGAACACCUGGAUUUGGGGUUGACAGUGUAGGAGGGGAACCUGAAAGUGAAUGAGGGGGGGGUGUGAAAAAUGGAUCCUGGCAAAGAUAGAUGGUCAGAGAAGGAGAAAAAAACAAAGGCGCAAGUGGGAGAUCUUGUCAUCCCAGUAGAACAUGGGAUUGACAAUUACAGAGUUUUGAAGGUUUAGGUGAAGUACGUAGUCAUGAUGGUAUUCACUGUGAAGGAUAGCCACUUCAUUUGAGGAUUGUUUCAGUGGAGGUCGCAUCAUUUCAAAUCCUUAUAAGAGUAUGGGUAACACACAAAGGGGGUGUUACUUAGCCGUUAUCAGUGUUGUAAAGCAUGGAGACAGCCAGCGUCUGGUUAGCCUUGUUGGCACCACCCUUUAGUUAGUCAGAGCAGCUAUGUCCGGUUAUAACCUGUUAUGAAGAUUGAAGUUGUAGCAACAUAACUAUUCGACUGUAGUAUGGCAAACGUGUAUUAAAGAUAAUGAGUGCCUAUUGCCAAGUGGCCAACAUUUCAAACAUCAAACAUUCUAAUGUCCUUGAUAAUUGCCUAUGCAUGCAGACAACAGAUUGUUCACGAAUAUUAGCCAAUUAGUCAUUGUUUUCCUGGUAUAAAAAGAAUGUAUUGUAUAUGGACCUACUUUUGUGUGGAUUGGUCAGUGAGAAAAUAUCUAUACGCGACAUUGUUUUCUUUCCAUUAGUUUUAACAAAAUGUCCAAAACGCGUACAAGUACAGACAACCGAAUGUAUAGUUUGUGCUCAUAUAGCCUUACGGGAAUUAGAAUCGCGAUGAUGAGAGAUCCGGGGCAAAGUGUAGAAGUGUUGGAGACUUGGUGAACCAAUAUCUUAAACUGAAAGUUUCAAAUACAAUUCAACUCCUUGAAACAACAACCCCCAAAAUAGAACCAACACAUAGGCCUAUGUGACCUCUAAGUUUAUAAUUGUGUUGGAUGGAAUUCCUUGCCUGUGUGAAUAGCUUGAUGUAGCAUGUAGAAGAAAACGUGGAGAUGCCUUUUCUAAGAUGGAUGACUGCACUGUAGAAGUUUGUUACUGGUACCACCGUAGUGAAAGUUUGUCCUGCUUUGCAAUAGUAUGAACACUAUUGGUCCAGAUGUGUGCGGAUCCCUAGUUACAGUUGACCCAGUCAACUGAGUAUCUUCUAAUCAAGCCAGAACGCUAGUUUGGUUUGUAUUAUACUUGAAUUGAACAAAAUGUACAUUUUGAAUGUCUUGUUUUUAUGAAGAAAGUGAUUAUGUCAAAUAAAUCAUGUCAAAUAAGGAA